GGGCGGUGGAAGUUGGAACAACCAUGGGAGAAGUUUGCAGCGAGCAGAGUCCGCGGAUCGUCGUCACCUGGAGAGUUUGUAACGUUUUCAUGUCGCUGUUCUUCGCUCUGGCUUCCUACGUGCAGGUCAAUGACCCGGACGCAGGUUUGUGGAUGGUGGGUUACGGAGUUCCUGCAGGUCUCAGCGCCUCCAUCGGGUGGAAACCUCAGCUGACAGAGUCGUUGCCAUGGAGACGAGUGGCGGAUCUCCACGUCAUGAUUUCCAGCGCGUUGGUCUCCAUGUUGGGAUGGAAACUCUACGCAGCGCAGGUGACUCUGAUCUUCCAGCAGGAGGAGGGCAGAGAAUUUUCUGGUCUCUUGUUGACGAUUAUUUGGCUUCUUCUGUGCCGCCACUCUGGAAGAGCUCCGGUGGGGAUGCUGCGUCUCUCCACGGCCGUCGCCAUCACCGUUUUCCCCUUCGUGGCCUGGAUCUACUACUACGUCAACAAGGAGCUGAGAACCGACUGGCCGUCGCAUUGUAAAAACGCUAUUUAGACUUUCUCUCCUGCCAAAAACAUUCCUUUUUCUUUACUCGCCUUUUUGAACUUUCACUGGAAAUGCUGGAACCCGGAAAGUUGCUUUUGUGGUUUCACUAAAUACCCGACAGCCGAGGUGCAAUAAAGUGACAAAGUAUUACAAUCUGUAAUUUAAUUCAGAGUUUAUAAAACGUGUUAUUUCUGACUGACUUUUCUACCAAACGAAGUACAAAUGUGUAAAUAAUGUAAUGUAUAAAUAAUAAACUGAAUCAU